AUGGCCGAAAAUUCCACGCAUAUUCAACACGUACUCCUUCACAAGUUCGAAUUUGGCCACACCGCUGCUGAAGCCCAUCGAAACUUAAGUCAAGUAUUUGGUACUGAAUCCCCUUCUGAGCGGUCUGUGCGCGCCUGGUUUCAGCGCUUCAAAGCCGGAAACAAGAAACUCGAAGAUGAGCCUCGCUAUGGUCGACCGACUGCAAUAUCGUUCGACGAACUGAAAAAUCUAGCGGAGCAGCAUCCAUAUGAAGGUGUGCGGUAUUUUGCUGGCAGUCUUGGCUGCUCGCUGUCCACCGUGAACUAUGGACUGCGAUCUCCCGGAAUGGUGAAAAAGUUCGGUCAAUGGCUCCCACAUGCACUGAGCGACGGCAACCGCUAA